UUAUGAUUAUUAUGUAUUUGUGAAAUGACUUGGCUAGGAUUCUGGUUCACCAGAUAUAUUGUUACUGACAUUAUCUAUUAGCCUGAAGAGGGGUAUAUUACCUCUGAGUUAUGGAGGCUGAGUUGCAUCCUUGUCCUCUUUUUUAGAAAUCAUAUGCACUCUUUCUGUCAUUGAACCUUGGUGCCUAUCAGGAUAUUUUAAAGAAGUAGAGGAAGGUCCUAAUUAUUAUUUGUUGUUGUUUGUUUACCUUGGUAAGUAUCAAAUGUAGGUUGUAGAGUUUGUUUAUAAGGUGGUAUGAGAACAUACAAAUGUAGAUUUAUAAAGAAGAAAGUGCUGAAUUGUUCUGAGGUUCAUUCAUAGAUGGAUGCAAUGAUCUCUGUAAAAGAGGAUGAGGUUUCAAGGCUUUGAGCCUUGAAAUAUGAAGAGGCAAAUUUCUCAUUGAAAUAUGGAGAAGACCAGGGGGAGAGCAGUUGUUCAUGUGCACUGCUUUUUCCUCAAGCAUCUGAUACUAGUCUGUGUCAGGAUAAGAACAUGGUUAGAUGGUGCUUUGGAAUGGUAUGAUAGUUUUAUAAAAAAGCUUUAGAAAGCUAUUGUGACUUUCUAAAUUUCCUGAAUAUAAGGGAUCAUUUAUUAGAGGUUAAAUUUGCAUAAAACUGACAUGCUCCUUACUUUGGUCUUGUUUCUCCUUUUGUGUUUCUCCUUUUGUGAGGUCACUGAGCAAUUAAUUGACUAUAGUCAAAAACAAUUGCCUUUCAUAACGCUUAAAAAAAAUACUAUUUGUUUAAGCUAGACAUCAAAAUAAAAACUGUGGAUCAAAACUGAUGGUUACAAAAAAUAACACAGAAGUCUGGUGAUAGUUUUAUUGAAAAAAAAGUGCUUCAAGUACAUAAAAGCAUAAUAAUUUCCUUUCUGUUAAGAACCAUGGUAUUGUACUUUGCUCAUUUGUACCUCUAGACAACAUUGUAAUGGUGGUAUUGUUUGCUUUCUGUUAGUUUGCAGAGAAGCUGAAACGCUGUUGUGUACCACUGAGCAGGACAAGUCAGGAAUGAGCAAGCCUUGGGAAGGAGGACCUGCCAUCCUAGCUGGAGACAUUUGAAGAGAGAACAUUUCAGUCUUGUGGCAUGCUUCAGUAGAAAUUAUUCAGAAAAAGAUGGCUGGCUGUGGUGAAAUAGAUCAUUCGAUCAACAUGCUUCCCACAAAUAGGAAGACAAAUGAGUCAUGUACCAGUGCAGCACCUUCCCUGCAAGUCCCUGAAUGUGCUAUCUGUCUGCAAACGUGUGUCCAUCCAGUAAGUCUGCCCUGUAAACAUGUUUUCUGCUAUCUGUGUGUUAAGGGAGCUUCUUGGCUUGGGAAACGAUGUGCACUCUGCCGGCAGGAGAUUCCUGAGGAUUUUCUUGACAAGCCAACCUUACUGUCACCCGAAGAACUCAAAGCAGCAAGCAGAGGCAAUGGAGAAUAUGCUUGGUACUAUGAAGGUAGAAAUGGCUGGUGGCAGUAUGAUGAACGUACCAGCAGAGAGCUGGAAGAUGCCUUUUCCAAGGGUAAAAAGAGCACUGAAAUGCUAAUUGCUGGUUUUUUAUACGUAGCAGACCUUGAAAAUAUGGUUCAGUAUAGGAGAAAUGAGCAUGGACGUCGCAGAAAAAUAAAACGGGACAUAAUAGAUAUACCAAAGAAGGGAGUGGCUGGGCUGAGGCUGGACUGUGACACCAACACUGUCAACCUGGCACGAGAAAGCUCUGCUGAUGGUGCAGACAGCACACUGACUCCAGGGGCUGCAGCUGUGCAGCCUCUAGCAUCCAUUUCUGUGAGGCCCCUACCAGCACUAGAUGGUCAGCUUGUGAGCCCUUCAACGCCAUCACCUGAUGCAAGCAAUUCUCUAGAGAACUCUUUUGCCCACUUGCAAAUAAAUGGAGACAGUAUGGCUGAAAGGAGUCACAGGGGAGAGGGAGAAGAAGACCACGAAUCUUCAUCUUCUGGUAGGGUGCCAGCCCCUGACACUUCGGUUGAGGAGACCGAAUCAGAUGCCAGCAGCGACAGCGAGGAUGUGUCUGCCCACCUUCAGCAACGCCCGUCCCCUGGUCAGCAGAGACACUUGAAUGCUGGUGCAAGCCAGGCAGGAGCAGAUAGACCAGGGACAGGGGGUGGGGUGGCAAACACAAGUGUAAGAUCUAGAAGGCCAGAUGGACAGUGCACAGUCACUGAAGUUUAAAUCUAGAGCCAUGCGAAAAAAAAACCAUUCAGUUGUAAUUUUCUGUAAAUUUUCUGUCCAAAUUGGCAUUGCACUCAAACCUAGCAGCGUAUUUGGUGGGAGGGUGGGGUGAGGGGGAGAAAACAGAUUUGGCCUGUUUUAACUUAAGUCUCUUAACAUGUCUCAGCUGGAAGACUUUCUAACUCUAGGAAGCUGGGUUGUCCUGUUAAUGGUUUGAAAGCUGUUUAACAAUGCCCAGUUUUCUUGAAAAUGUCUUGUGUUUAUUUUGUAGCAUUUUCCCCUUGAAGAUACUCUACCCCUUUUUGGCCAAUGUAUAUCUACUGUACAACUUGAAUUGUCUUCAUUAUCUGACUGUUGCAUUGUCUUACUACUUUCUGCAUGGAUUGAUGUACGAAAAGAACACUAAAGCUGUGUGAAAUCAGUCAAGGUGUUGGGUGUGAGCAGGAUGCUUAAUUUAAUGUGAGAAAAUAGAUGUGAGUUUGGAGUUAAAAUGUGUUUUUACUAGGCAAGAGCAAUCAUUUACCUUCUUUCAAUGGAAAUGUAAAAAUGCUGUUAACUUGUUUUGCAAAUCCUUACCUUUACACUCUCCAUGGCUUUUUCACUGGCUUUGCCAUCUAGUCCUUGUAGUUUUGUUUUUUGAGAUCUUUCUUGAUCUGUCUUGUUUUUGUUACAGAAUUUAUAAUUUAAUAAAACUACAUUUUAUCAGUAACAAUCUCA